AGAAAUACGGGCCAGUCUUGCGUUUCAAUGCCUUUCACAGAGUCACCUUGUUGAUAUUAACUCCUGAAGGCGUAAAGGAGUACUUGAUGUUACCACAAUACCCCAAGGACCGAAUUGUAUAUGGGCGUCUUUUCAAUAUGUUCGGUGUAAGAUUUUUAGGGAAUGGAUUGGUAACUGAACGUGAAUAUAACCAUUGGCGCAAGCAGCGGAAAAUUAUGGAUCCAGCAUUCAGUCGAACUUACCUUAUUGGCCUUAUGGGAAUUUUCAAUGACCAAGCAGAAGAGCUUAUGAAAGAGCUGGAAAAAGAGGCAGAUGGAGAAACCAAAGUGGAUGUGAUGUACCUUCUGAGACGGGUGACACUGGACAUCAUUGCAAAGGUAGUGACUAGAUGAGUUUCCUGUUUCUGU